AUGGGCCCAGCGUUAGACGCGCUGUCCGCCCCGCCGUUGAACAUUCGUCGUCCAGCGGCCCCGACGUUACCCAGCUUUGAGCUCCCACCACCACCGUUCACGUUGGGUGCUGCACCCGCACCUGCAGCACCCAAGUACGGAAAUCCCACCCAUCCCCCAGUCUCCCACGCGCCAGUGAACGUGAGCGUGGGGAACCUGCUAACGCCACCCGCCACGAUCCAGACAGGGGAGCAAGCCACACCCCAGCCAUUGGCUCCAUCAACAGGCGCGUCCUCCGAGCUGGCACCGGCAUAUUGGUCAGGGGCCAAUCCAUACGGACAGUCCUGGGCAUCCGGGGUCAACCCAUACCCAGCCCGAAAUUCCUUCUCACCAUCAUCCGGCAUGCAGCGCUCAUCGGUAAUACCACCGCCGACGACGGAUGGGUUGCCGCAUCCAUAUGAAGCCCCGACAUUGUCUUACCAACCUUUACCCGCCCCGUCAACCAUGCCUCCCUCCGCUUCACAACCUGCCAUGGCCAUGUAUCCUGGAGGACCCGCUACAUCCCCCGCCCCCCUGCCAUCCAACGAUCCAUAUGCCCCCAAACAUCAGCAUAUGUAUGCCACUUCUCCUCCCUUGCACAGUCCCCACCAGGCCGGCUUCUCUCCCAUGUAUGGUGCCGGCGGGCUUGGCAUCCACCCUCCAGGGCGAAUGCCUGCUCACAGUCCGUCAGCCGGACAGCCACCGUUGGGAUAUCCCCGCCAGCCGUGGCCCUCGUACUCUCUCCCGGCAAUGAACGGUCCGGUCAUGACCAAUGUGCACAGCCCCGGUGGGCCCAUGUCGAUGAUGGGUGGAAUGCAACCCGGGCUUCUACCGGGAUUCAACAGUGGACAUGUCGCCAGUUCUCAACAUCUAUAUGGGGGCCAUCAACCCCCGCAUGGCAUGCCCGCCCCUGCGGCCGACCGACCUUUCAAAUGCGACCAGUGUCCCCAGAGUUUCAACCGCAAUCACGACCUCAAGCGCCAUAAACGUAUCCAUUUGGCCGUUAAGCCUUUCCCUUGCUCGCACUGUGACAAGAGCUUCUCACGCAAGGAUGCUCUCAAGCGACAUAUCCUUGUGAAGGGCUGCGGGAAGGAUGGCGACUCGGACGCGAACAGCAACCAAACUGGGGCCGAUAUCAAGGGGGAAGGGCGGAGCGAAGACGGCAGCCCCCUUCUCAAUGGACGCGUUUGA